GCGAGCGAUGAGGCGAAGAAGAGUGGAAGAAGAGGAGGAGGAAUUCGAAGCGGCGGAGCUCUCGCCGGUGCCACCACCGCGUCCACCGUCGGCAGAGGAGGAGGACGAAGAGGCGGCGCCGCCAACGUGCGGGAAGGGCCACCGGUCGUCGCUGGCUGUGGCGACGGCGGAGGGGGGGUUCAUUUGCCUCGCGUGCUUCUCGGCGCUGCUGUCUGAUCCCUGCUCCCCCUCCCACCACGUCUCCUACGCCCUUUCCCAGCUCUCCCUCGCCAUCCGGAGCCCCGCCUUCCUCCGCGCCCUCCACACGUGCCACCCCCACCUGCUCGUGUCCCCGCUCGUGCGAGCUCUCGCCGCCACUGAUGACGAGCCCCUCGCCCACCAGCUGAUCGACCUCGUCUCCGAUCUCUGCUACCGCUGCUGCGGCGGUGGAUUCUCCGCCUCCACCGCCGCCGCCGCCUCCGUGUCCGGCGAUUUCAUUGCCCAGAUCGCCGAUCUUCUCUCUUCCGGCGCACUCGCGUGGAGCCGACGCCAGGUUUAUAUGCUGCAUUGCUUUGGAAUCCUAUUGAAUUCUCAUCAGAAUGAUAACCAUGCAUCCCACAUCAGAGAUAAAGAUGCCCUUUUCUCCAACCUUGUCAUUGGUCUUCAGCUUCCAAGUGAAGAUAUUCGUGGUGAGAUUAUGUUCGUCCUGUAUAAGCUAUCCCUUUUACAAGCCACACCUUGGGACGAAGAUAACAAUGAUCAUGUUGACACUGAUCUGUCAUCAACUGGAGAGAGGCUGCUGCGCCUUUCACUUGAAGUUCUGCUCAAGACACAAAAUGAUGACGUCCGCUUGAACUGUGUCGCAUUGCUGACAGUGUUAGCUAGAAGAGGCAUCUUUGAGGACUUAUUUGCAAAUGAUCAAACUGGUAGUAAUAUCAGAGGAGAUAGUUUUGUGCAUUCAGAUGACACAGUGUUGCAUAUCCCUCUCAUUAACUUGUUUGCUGAUGCAAUCAAAGGUCCUCUUCUUUCUUCUGACACUCAAGUGCAAAUCAACACCUUGGACUUGAUCUUUCAUUCCCUAUCCUCGAGUUUGAACUGUGCUAAACAGAUGCAAGCUCUUGUUGAAGAAAACAUUGCAGAUUAUGUUUUUGAAAUACUCAGACAUUCAGGAAACAAGGAUCCCCUGGUCAUUUCGUGCAUCCAGGUUCUAACUCUUUUAGCAACUGCAGAGGAAGUCUUCAGACAGCGAGUCGUGAUAGGAUUUCCUACACUGCUUUCUGUUUUCCGCUAUGCAACAGAGAUACCUCUUCAUCCAGUUCAAUCUCAUGUGUUAAAUCUUGUUUCGACUUGCAUCUCAGACUGUCCAGGAAUUAUGUCAAUGUCUCAAGUAGAAGAAACAGCUCUAAUCUUGACUGGAUUUUUUAGAAGACAUACCAGAGGGGAGCUGGGUAUGCUUCCCAAAACCUUCACCUUGGCCUGUUCAACAUUCGUGGAGAUUCUUAAAUCACCAUCUGCUUGUCAUGUCCUGAAAUUGACACCAGCAAUCCAAGAGGCAUCAAGAAAUGCUUUGAUGCUGUCUCUUACAUCUCAAGAAUAUCCCAACGAACUUUUGUUAUAUUCCCUCUACCUUCUGAAAGAAGUACAUGCAUACAGUUGUGAAGAAAGUUUGGCUACAAACUCAGGCAGCAAGGAACUGGAGAACAGCAUAAUAGAAUCAUGUGAAACAUAUCUGAUGCCUUGGCUUGGAAGGGUCAUUGAUGAAGGGGAAGAUGAGGAACUAGUACUAGGAGUUCUUGAAACUUUUCAUCUUAUUUUGCUUAAAGGAUCUGAAUCUCAAUCCAGGAAGUUUGCGGAAACACUGGCUUGUUCAAAUUGGUUUAGUUUGUUAUUUGGAUUCUUGGGUUUGUUUCCAUCAGAGCAGAUGAAACUAAGAGUAUAUUUGAUGUUUAGUUCAGUAGUUGAUAGACUUCUGGGCACCAACUCUGGACAACCCAUUAGAGAUGCCUAUGUGUAUCUCCCGUCAGACCCUCUAGAGCUGAUAUAUUUACUUGGGCAAAGGAGCUCGCAUGAUUUAAACUUGGCUUCCUGUCAACGUGCAGUUCUUCUAAUGUUAUAUGUCAGCACAUUGUAUGGCGAUAGAUUUAUUGAUGGGAACCAAGUGUUGGCUUCAUUGGAGCAAUAUAUUCUAGUUAACAGCAACAACUUCUCAUGUGCAAUUGCUGAUUCCAUGAUGCUGACUGAACUGGUGCUUCUCUAUGGCCUUGUCAGAGGUGCUCCAAUUGGCUACAGGACAACAUACAGUCCAGAAGCUGAGAAAGCUAUAUUUCAUUUGAUAGCCAAAAAUGAGUGGGAUUUGCUCUCUAUGGGUAUCCAUCCAGCAGCAUUAAAGUGGCUUUUUCAACAAAAAGAAAUCAUGACACCCUUGUCUUACCAGAUCUUGAAUUUCUGUAAAUUCUAUAGCACAAACAAGACCCAAAUAUAUGUGCAUGCUAGCAAUGCCCAGACACUGGACCUGCAAAUGAUUGCAGAACUCAUUGUUUCUGAAGAUAAUGAUGUUGGAUUACUGCUGGUAUCAUUACUUGGAAAGGCAAUAAAAGAAGGUAGAGAAGAUGAUAUAAUGAAUUUGGUGAAUGUCAUGGCAGGAAUUCUGAACAUAUUUCCUGACACUGCCAGCCAAUUCUGCUUGCAUGGCAUUGCAGAUGCACUACAAUGUCUCUGCUACUCAAUACAGUCUCCACAGAUCUUUGUAAACUGCUUGCUUUUAAUUUUCAAUAUUCUUUAUUCAGCAGAUUACAGGACACUCACGCAUGAUGAAGAGUGGCUUGCACUUACAAUAAAGUUGCUGGAACAUUUAAAUACUAAAUUAGCUUCCCAGUCAUGUGGCCAAGAAGAGUACCUAGUGAUAAGCAUUUUUUGCCUCAUUCUUCACCAAUCCACCAAGCAAGUGCUCAAAGAAGCUUCCAAAGUCAUAUUGCUGAACAAUUCUUUGGUUACUGCGGCUGAGAGCCUAAUACGGACAGCCUGUGCCAAAGGACCAGCCUUAGUUGAUUAUGAUGAAGAAACAACUAUUGGAGAAUCCUUGCUAUUUGUUCUUUUAUUAUACUUUUUCUCCUUAAAAAGCUUGCAUGCUACUUUACAGGAAACCAUGGAUUGGCAAGAUUUCCUUCAGUCAUCCAAUGAAGCCCAAACAUUGUCGGUACUCUGUCUCAGAUGCCAUGACUUAUGCAGGCUGACACACUUUGGAUCUUCUCUUGUCAAGUUGGUUGCUUCACAAUGUCUUGUUGAGUUGCUCACCAGAAUUUCAGAUCAAAGGAAUAGCAAAAAUGAUGAGCUAAGGUGCUCUUUGAGGUACCUAGAAUCCAUGAUGGCUGUGACAGAAGGUUUACUUUUCUAUGGAGAUACAUCAGUAGCCACAAAUUGUGGUGUCUGUUUUUCCAUGAUUUUAGGGUGGGAAAAGUUUGGGUUGCAGGAGAAGAGGGCAAUCAAAGAUUCCAAAUGGUGUAGGUUAGUCAUGGAGGAGUUGGCAAUGUCUUUGGCCGCUCCUGGUUUAGCAUCAACAUCCUUCACAAAUCAGCACAAGCCUGCAGUUCAUGUAGCCGUUGCAUUGCUCAAACUGGACCAAGUACCUGGGUGGAUGAAAUCUGUGUUUGAUACUUCAAGCAUCUCCGGGAUAGUUGACAACCUUUCUGCCAGCAAUGUGACUGCAGAGAUGGUUAAGCUCUUCACGGAGCUAAUGACCAGGAAAUAUAUGAACAAAGAACAAGUUUCUGCUCUACAUCGUUUGUUCCAGGUAUGCAGAAAACAAGUGUACAAAGACAGUUCCAAAAGGCAACUGAGGGAGGAGAAUUGUGAUGUGGUAGUUCCGAUCCCUGAAGAUAUUGGUAAAGUGUGCAGCCUGCUCAUUCACCUUAUGCUGUCCCCACCUAUGGAUGAUCAUACUGAAAUUCAAACAGAGCAAGAAAUGUUUUUGAAAGAAAUUGAUGUGUUUUUUCUAGAAUCAAGCAGAGAGUAAUAAAAAAUCAAAUAAAGGCUUCACCUAGACUUUGUCAAAUUUCAUUUACAUGCUCUAAUUGAUAUCAGCAUUCUUAUUAUUUUUACAUUCUUUUGUUUAUGUUGGUUGAGUGGAUGGAGUAGUUCUUACAAGUUAUAGUAUGUCUUCAUCUCUUUCUAUUGAUUCAACUACAGGCAUAAAUAAUAUGGUUGUCAUGUGUUUCC